ACAGAGGAAAAGCCAGGAGAGCAGAGCAUGCGCGUGAGAGAUCACCUCAUGCACUUGGCCACAACAAAUGUUAUCACACAGAUGUUUUGCAACCUAACCUACGAGAUACGGGAUGCUGGACUUUAAUAAAUGAGCAACUGGACAGGAGUGUCUGAGACCUCGUGAAUGUCAGCUUGUUGUUUAUAUUUUGGUAGAGAGUGGAGUGUUUGAGAUGUGCGCCGCAGUUUACGUUUUGUCUACGGUGACGGGGUAUGUGCUGACCUCCGCAUUGCUGUUGAAAUUCCCGGCUCUGUUACACCGACGAAAGCAUGGGGGAUUCCGGAGCAGACAUAUAUCUCAUCGCGGGGGAGCUGGAGAAAACUUGGAGAAUACAAUGGCAGCAUUCAAACAUGCGGUGCAGCUGGGCACAGACAUGUUAGAGCUGGACUGUCACCUGACAAAGGAUGAGCAAGUGGUGGUUUUACAUGACAACAACCUAAUUAGGUCAACAGGUGUGAGCGUUGAUGUCUCCAGCGUGGCCUAUGCUGAUCUCCCUCCUUACCUUUGCAGGCUUGGUGUCACUUUUCAGAAAGAGUGUUAUUGUGAGGGAGGUGAGGACAAGCGCAUCCCUUUGCUGAGAGAGGUCUUUGAGAAUUUCCCUGCCACGCCUGUCAACAUCGACAUCAAAGUCAACAAUGACACGCUCAUCAAAAAGGUCUCAGAACUAGUGGUCAAAUACGACCGGGAACAUCUGACAGUGUGGGGAAACUCCAACAAUACUGUUGUGAAGAAAUGCUACAACGAGAACCCGCGGAUCCCAGUGCUGUUCAGCAUGCCCAGAGUCCUCCUCGUGGUUGGGCUCUUCUACACCGGCCUCCUGCCCUUCUUCCCUCUCAAGGAGCAGUUCUUAGAAAUCCCCAUGCCUUCCAUCAUCACCAAGCUGAAAGACCCCUCUAGAAUGACUAGAAGCCAGCGUGUGUUGACUUGGCUUGCUGACACGCUGCUGAUGAGAAAAGCCCUGUUUGAUCAUUUAACUGCCAGAGGAAUACAAGUGUAUAUUUGGGUACUGAAUGACGAGGAGGAUUUCAAACGUGCUUUUGACCUUGGCGCCACAGGAAUCAUGACAGACUAUCCAACCAAGCUGAAGGAGUUCAUGGAGAAGAACAGAGAUAUCUGUGGAGUGAGUGGAUAAAGUGGAGUGAGCAGCAGGUUAAGACAUCCUGGUGAGAGCUAGAUGAGAGGCGUUUGGGGUGUCAGGAAUGAUUGGUUGUGGAGAAAGUUGUGCUGACGAAGAACAAUGUGUGUUUGUGUGAAUUACACCUUAUACCUUUUAAUCACCAAUUUUUCAUGUUUACUGUAUGUAUUACCAGUGCAGUAGAUAGACAACCACUGUGGUGAAACCAUGUUUUUGCAUCUGUGUGUGGAAAAAUGUCAAGAUACAAAGAAGACCACGCAUUCCAGGGUUUCAUCUAAAGCACUGAAUGACCCUUGUACCUAGAGUUAUUACAACACAAGAAUGGACAGGAAUGGUAUAGGAAUGUAAAGGGCAAAUUAGUUUUCCAUGUAGUAUUUGCACAUCAUGAAGUGUAUUGAGAUCUGUGUAUUCUCUGUGGCACAGGCAGCUCUUACCUUUCUUCAGCACAGCACAUGCCAAAACUAAAUUCAUUUUAGUAUUCUUUCAUGCUUGGAGGUUUAAUUUAAAACUGAAAUGAUAAUGAAUCUUAAUAAAAGCAUCAAAAAUUAAUGAAAAUAUGUCCAUUUAAGAGGAGUCGUCUUAUGUGAGCAGUAUCAGUUUGUUGCUUUAGCUGGUUUGCGGUCAUGUCUGUGAAAUGUCAAUGCUGUUUAAAGUGUAAGGCACUUGAAGUGUAUUUGUACGACAUUUAAGGAAUUCAUUUUAAGGAAUGAAUUCACCUGCCACCUUAAAGUGAUGAUCGACGGAGUGACCCAGAGAGGCAUUUCAUCAUUUUGUACAAUCUCACAGAGUAAGAGAAAUGAGGAAACCAGAAUUAAUGUAAUGGCGCCUGCCACAGGGCCAAUUUGGGUAAGCAGCUGAGCAUUCAAAAUGGGUGAGGGUUUCAGUGUUCUGUCACCUUCAAUGGAUUAUUUUUCUGGGCAUUGACAUGCCUUGUACUGACACUGUUUUUUCCCCCCAAUGAGGACUUUGUUUGAUGUCCUAUCAUGGACCUCUGCUUUUAGUAGAGGCUGAAUGUAUUGUUGUGGAACAUUGGUUCUAGCCUGUUCUGAAUGUGCCCGUUCCAUUUCAGAAAAAAGAUUUAUUUACGUCUGGGCUGUUGUAUUACAAUUUGCACAAGGUUAUAGUAUGUCGUUUGAAUGAUCAAGUAUGUAUAUUUGACAUCAUGACAUGUCUUUCGUCAGUUUUCAUUCCUUUGUUUACUGACUGCAUACUAUUAUAAAGAUUGUGUAUCUGAUCUGUGUUGAAUAAGGAUAUAUGACAUAUAUAUAUAAUAAGUCAUAAAAUAAGUCAUUUUUGAAGUGUUGGUGAUCAUGUUUUGUUUUGCAUGGAUUUCUUGGCAAUAAAGGGCUGUGAGGUCACAUUAAAAAGGAUAGAAGUAGGUAAUCAAUAUGAAAUAAUUGUUUCCCCUGUUAAGGUUUUUUUUAAUUUAAGUCAAUGUAACUGUUAUGGCCCAGUCAUAGGCGACUUCACAGACUAGUCUGUGCUAUCAGUAUACUUAAAGAAAACUCCCAACCAGAUAGGUGUUGAGUGGCUUUUCAUUUGGAAAGAGAUGUGUGGCAACAAUGCAAUUUAACGAACUGAUAAGAAACAAUCAUAGUUUUUCCAUGUCAGUCUGGAUGUUUUGUACCAUGGGCAUUGUGUCUUACUCCUGUAUUUUUUCAAGUCAUGUUCCUUGCUGCCGUUAGUGAUUUGAAUUUUCCAAUUAGUGAUUCGUUUUCAGUGAUGAUAGGCCUGUUUAAUAAAUUAUUUUUGAAAUGA